AUGUCUGCCAAAGCUUCACCAGCCUCGGAGACAGCAGCGCUGCGGCCAGUCGCAUACUUGCGAGACCUUGAGCGCAAGGCAAAAGCAUUCGAUAAAACCGCGGGACAGAAAGGCACCGCGACUGUCUCCCCGGAAGCUACUACCGCCAUCCUAGACGGAGAUGAUGAGGAUGAUUUUCAGGACGCUGAGCCACUUUUCGAAUCUUUUACGCAUCUUCGCCUCAAUCGCCCAUCGACCACUUUCCAGGGACCAGCCUCGUCCGAUACCUUUCUUCGCAACGUCGGAAAGGCCACCGGCCUCGGGGAUGGGCACGACGGCCUGGACAUCGACCCUAUCCCUUGCGAAGCCCCCGUCACGCUGCCCUCCAAGAAGCGAGUUUUCAGUCCGCAGAUACGCCCGGCGCCUCUCCAUGUCGCACGCCGCCUCUUUGCCGCCCAGUACAGCUUUAUCGGGCCCAUAUUCGCGUUUACCGAGUCUAAGGAAGAAUUCGAAGAAUCGCUGACCAGGGCGUACGGCGACCUACCCGACGCAGACGAUCGGGAGGGCUGCCUGAGAUACGCAAAGCUUCUCCUCGUCCUUGCAUUCGGUCAGAUGUACUCUGUCAACCAGUGGGUGGACUUCAGAGGUCCGCCUGGAUUCGCGUACUUUUCCGAGGCCUUGAACCUUUUGCCAGAAACGCACGAGGACGGAUCUUUGCUCUGUGUCGAGACGCUCGCGUUGGUGGGGUAUUUUCUGCAAAACAUGAACAAGAGAGAUGCCGCGUUUCAGUACAUCGGACGCGCUCUAAGAAUGGCCAUCUCUCUCGGGCUCCAUCAUGAGGUGAAGAGCAUUUCCAGCACCUCGGGCGUCGCUCCGCAGGGGGCGUUGAUGGAGGAUGCCGCAAAGGAGCACAGGCGAAGAACCUGGUGGUCGGUCUAUAGCCUGGAUCGAAUCCUGUCUGUAAAGUCGGGAAAUCCCAUCACGAUACAAGACGAGGAUAUUAGUGUCCGCCUGCCCUCUCGCCUGCCGUCGGAGCCGGAAUACUGCCCAGCCAUCGUGUUGCGACAGUACACCAAGCUGUCCAGGAUCCUUGGUGAGAUACACAAGAAGAUAUAUCACAGGACAAACAAGACUGAACAAACGUCGGGAAAAACUUUGAUGGCCUCUGUUCAGAGGAUUCUGAUUGACCUAUCGAACUGGGACAGCGAGCUGCCGUAUGGCCUCCGCUUUGAUCCCGAUCGGCUGAGCAUCGGCCGAGAAAGCGUGAGCACAUUGGCGCACUACUAUCAGUGCAUAAACAUGACAAUCCGUCCACUCCUCUUUCACGUUGUAAAGGAGAGGCUCGCACUGAUCCGGAAGAGACCCGAAGCCUUGAUCAAAGAAACGGAUUGGAAGGCAGGGUUAUCGCAAACGACGGUGAAUGUCAUUGAGAUGUGCAUCGGGGCUGCACUCGAUAAUAUCAACAUCAUGGUAAUUGCGUCAACCAAAGAUCUUGUCGCCACAUAUGGCUAUAUGGACGGAGAGCACAUAUUCUCGGCGACCAUAGUUCUUGUCAUGGUCUGCGCUGCCUUCCCCACGAACACAAUCAACGUGUCGGCCAUGAACAGCGGGCUCGGACUCCUUCGCACCAUGUCGGAGAGGGGCAACACUCACAUCGGGGCUCGCUACGAGGCUCUCAUUCGCCUCCUUUCCACAGUCAUGCCUGGCGACUACUCCGUACCCGUGAGCACGACGCCGCAGAACCCAGGGCUCUUCUUCCCACCACCAGCAGACCCUUCGGCAUUCCUGGGCGCGGUGUCGCUCGGCGAGAGCGGGGGUGUGGCAUCGGACAUCAGCGCAUACCCGCCGCGGUUCCCCGUCAUUGACAUCCAAGCACUAUCAGAGCCAUUCUAUGAUGAGAGUGGCACUGCAGGUAUGGACUUUGGACUCUGGGAAGAAGGCUUCGCGUAUCCGACCAUGGACUUGGAUCUGGACUUGGCCAGGCAGCAACAACUGCCGGCGGACCUCGUCGGCGACGGUGGCCACUGGCAUCAGGCCCCCGGUGCACAAUAG